AUGGAGGGCGCGCUGGCGGCGCCGCCCUUCAGCGGCCUGUGGUUCUCGAGCCGGGAGGAGGAGGCCCGGUUUUCGAUGGCCUACGCCGAGGAGCGCUUCCGGCCGAUCGACCGCGCCUACCACAGGCUCGCUGGCUUCGUGCUCGCCGUGGCCGUCGCCUGGGCCCAGCUGCGCGAGGUCGGCCUCUCCCGGAGCGGCGCCAUCACCUGCCUGGUGUCGAUCGCCGCCGUGGCCAUGCACUGCCUGUGGAUCUGGCUGGGGGUCGACCGCCGUCACGAGCUGCGGCUCCCCAUGCUGUUCGCCCACCGAAUCUUUUGCACAGCGUCGGUGGUGGCCAUGGUCCCCGUCUGGCACAGCGAGCCCAUCACCUCAGCGUGGUCGCUCCUCCAGUGGCUGAUGGGCGCGACAGGCGCGGCGGGCCUGGCGUUCUUCAGCUUCGCCACCCCGCUGCUGACCGUCCACCACCUCAUGGUGCAGGGAUCCAUAACCCUGUUUGCGGCGCUUUACACUUCCCGGCAAGCGUGCACGGAAGAGGUCUUGAGCGCUGUCGCAGCGCCCUACGUGGUGGCCGCCUGGCGGUGGCUGUGCGCGCUGUGCACGGGCAGCGCCAGCAGCACGCCUAUGCCCAACUUAGAGGGUGCCUGCUGGAGAGUGGCGGUAAUGGCUCAGGUGGCAUGGGGAUUCUGCGCCCCUUCCUACAUCCUGUGGGCGUCGGAGUACCGGGCGCGGCUGAGGCACAGCCCGGGGGGGCUGCCCCGCUUGACUUGGAGGGACAUGGCGGUGCACUGGAUGCUGAUGCACACCGGGAUGUCGUGCUUUUGGAUGUUGCUGCACGCCGGCGCGGGGGCGUGGGCGCCUGAGGGGUAA